AUGGCGACGACGACGACGCGGGUUGCCGCCGGCGUGCUGCUGGUGCUGUCGGCGCUGGCCUUGGUGGCGCAGGCCGAAGACCCGUACCUGUUCUUCGAGUGGAAGGUGACGUACGGGACCAAGCCCCUGCUGGGUGUGCCCCAGAAGGUCAUCCUCAUCAACGGCGAGUUCCCCGGCCCCAGGAUCAACUGCUCCUCCAACAACAACAUCGUCGUCAACGUCUUCAACCAGCUCGACCAGCCGCUCCUCUUCACCUGGAACGGGAUGCAGCACCGGAAGAACUCUUGGAUGGACGGGAUGCCAGGCACGCAGUGCCCGAUCUUGCCCAACACCAACUUCACGUACAAGUGGCAGCCCAAGGACCAGAUCGGCAGCUUCUUCUACUUCCCAUCCGUCGGCAUGCAGCGGGCGGCGGGCGGCUACGGGGGCAUCAGCGUGUACAGCCGCCUCCUGAUCCCCGUCCCCUUUGACCAGCCGCCGCCGGAGAACGACCACGUGGUCCUCAUCGGCGACUGGUACACCAAGGACCACGAGGUCCUGGCCCGGCAGCUGGACGCCGGCAAGAGCGUGGGCCGCCCCGCGGGCGUGGUCAUCAACGGCAAGGGCGGCAAGGACCUGGAGGCGGCGCCCCUCUUCACGUUCGAGGCCGGCAAGACGUACCGCCUCCGCGUGUGCAACACCGGGAUCAAGGCGUCGCUCAACUUCCGCAUCCAGGGCCACCACAUGACGCUGGUGGAGCUGGAGGGCUCCCACACGCUGCAGGACAUCUACGACUCGCUCGACGUCCACGUCGGCCACUGCCUCUCCGUGCUCGUCACCGCCGACCAGAAGCCCGGCGACUACUACAUGGUGGCCUCGACGCGGUUCAUCCACGACGCCAAGUCCGCCAAGGCCGUCGUCCGCUACGCCGGCUCCAGCGCCCCGCCGCCGGCGGAGAUGCCCGAGCCGCCGGCUGGCUGGGCCUGGUCCAUCAACCAGGCGAGGUCGUUCCGCUGGAACCUGACGUCCAGCGCCGCGCGGCCCAACCCGCAGGGCUCCUACCACUACGGCCAGAUCAACAUCACCCGCACCAUCAAGGUCAUGGUCUCCCGGGGCCACAUCGACGGCAAGCUCCGCUACGGCUUCAGCGGCGUCUCCCACAGGGACCCCGAGACCCCCGUAAAGCUCGCCGAGUACUUCAACGUCACCGACGGGGUGUUCAGCUACAACCAGAUGGGCGACGUGCCCCCCGCCGUGAACGGGCCCCUCCAUGUCGUCCCCAAUGUCAUCACCGCCGAGUUCCGCACCUUCAUCGAGAUCGUCUUCGAGAACCCCGAGAAGAGCUUGGACUCCCUCCACCUCGACGGCUACGCCUUCUUCGGCGUCGGGAUGGGGCCCGGGCAGUGGUCGCCGGAGGCGAGGCAGACGUACAACCUGCUGGACGCGGUGAGCCGGCACACGAUCCAGGUGUACCCGCGGUCAUGGACGGCGAUCAUGCUGACGUUCGACAACGCGGGCAUGUGGAGCGUCCGGUCCAACAUCUGGGAGCGGUACUACCUCGGGGAGCAGUUCUACAUCAGCGUCAUCUCGCCGGAGCGAUCACUGCGCGACGAGUACAACAUGCCCGACAACGCCCUCCGCUGCGGCAAGGUCGUGGGGCUGCCGCUGCCGCCGUCCUACGCCCCCGCGCGCUAA